AGGCCUCGGUCUCCUCAGCAGAAGAAUCAGGCUACAGGGGAACUCAUACCUCAUGGGGUGGGCUUACCUUAGUCAGCCCUCCUUCAUCGUAGGUACCAUCUCUGGAAAAAUUUAAAUGCACAUGGUCACUUUUUAAAAGAAAAUAAUUUAAAAUUAUAUUUGCUUUAUAAGUUUAGUGGAAAAUGCAUAUUCUUUCAACCUAGAUUACUUAAUUAAUGGAACAGAACAUCGAUGAGAAAAUGACUCCUGCUUUUUAGCCAUGGAAAUGUUAAUUCUGGGUGUUUCUGCCCGGAUCUGCCUGGUAUUUCGUGCAGCUGGGGGCUUGAGGUCCUCCAGUCUCAUCACUGACUUGGAGGAAAAGGCACACCCUGAGAAGCUCCCCGGACUGAGUGACAGGAGGGCCAUUUCUCUCUGUAAACCAGCCUCUGUCUGUCAGCUAGGGACGAGGAGGGUUCCGACAACCUUGGCACACUGCCAGCAGACCACAAAAUAAGGAAAGACUGAGCAGGACCAUGGCCCUCCAGCCCUUUCCUCCAGCUGGCAGGCAGCCUGGGAAGGGACUGCCCACAGGAAGGGUGCAGCCAGGCAGGGCCUCCCAUGCACCCCCCUCCAGGCUGCCCUGGUGACCAGGCAGGGAACCCGAGCUACAUUCUACACACCAGUGCAGCGCCCAGAGCUGAGAGCUGGGAGCUGGGCACCGGAGACAUGAACAAGAUCUUCCCCCAGGUGGAGGCCAACGGCAAAGCUGCUGCUCGAACCAAUGUCCUCCCUGGGGAAGAAGCAGGCUGUGGCCCUUUCUGCUGCUCUCGCCGAGGCACCUGCCUCUCGGCCUCCCUGCUGCUCCUGUUGGCAACUCUUGCGGCCCUGAUUGCCUUGAUCGCCAUUUUUGGAUCCCCACCACGUACAUCAGCGGCCCAGGCCUGUGUGACGGUGACAAACAGGACAGGCUUCCUGUGCCGUGACCGGAGGAGCUGCAUCUCGGCCAGCGGGGUCUGUGAUGGUGUCCGCACCUGUCCCCACGGCGAGGACGAGGACGAGGACUUGUGCCGAGAUGUGCCCAAGAGUCUCCCCCAAUUCCUUGUGGCCCACUGUGGAGACCCAGCAUCCUGGAUCUACUCAGACCAAAGGUGUGAUGGAACCAACAACUGUGGGGACUGCUCGGAUGAACUGAUCCCAGUGACUGUGUGCCCACCCUGCGGCCCUGGGUGGUGGCGCUGCACCUCAACUGUCUUCAAGUACUGUGGCUGUAUCCCGAGAAGCCUCUGCCGGGACCGUGUGCAGCACUGCUCUGACUGGUCCGACGAGUACUCCUGUCCUGGCCCCUAGCUGGGCACGCAGGCCGGAGCAGGAGGCUGGCUGAACCGCGCUGAUGAGCCGCCACGUGAGUGUUGCAUUGAAGAAUACGAGGGCAGGAAGGAGCCUUCAAGUUCAUCUAGUAAAACCUACACACUGUGGUCUCUGUGGAAAAAGACUUGCCUCUCCUGCUUUCAAAAUGUUCAGCCUCUCCUUGAAUGCCUCCAGUGACAGGGAGCUCAUUAACAAAGAUGAGGGGAAACUGCUCCCACGAUUUUAGGCCUGCUUCAGGGGCCACGCAGAGGGAAUUUGCUCCUCUGCUCUAAGACAGACUCCUGGGUUUUGACCUCAUUACCCCUUGGAGAAAAGACAAGUCUGGAGUCAAAUAUCCAGCCAAGGAAUUUAGCCCUUAUGUGGCGUGCGUACCGCUUCCUGUCUCUGUACCCAAGGCAGAUAGAUACUGCUGGGCUGGGCUAUAGCUUCAGCAUCUUUCUUGUCUCAGUAAUCAGGCCCUCUUGGCUGACCACAUGAAGUUUCACCUGCAGUGGGGCUUCAUCAGCCUGCCGGGGGGAGCCCUCCAGGAGGCUCUGAGCCGUGGAGCAGACGAUCUGGAGAAGGAGCAGCUCUUCCAUCCGUCCCACUCUCCACCCUGUGCCUGGUGCCCGGGCACUCCGCCCAGGUUUCUUGUACUAGUGGUUGUCUUUUGACCCCAGAGCCUAAGUAAAUGAGUUGUUUCUCUCCAUACCUUUCCAGCUUUCCAGUCCCUAGACACACCAAGAUCGGUGCUCCCAUUAGGGAGAUGAGGGAGCUGAGGCCUGGAGGGAGAAAUGACUUGUCGAGGAUCAUACAGCAAAGUCAGGGCUGAAACCAGGAUCAAACAUAUUCUAGGGUGUCUCAACCCUAAAACCUUACCUGUUACCAAUAUGAUUGUCUCGACUUGUUGGGAAGCGAGGCAUGCAGAGUCCCUGUGGGGUAUUUUUAAAAUUAGCUUCAGGGUCACAAAGUGAGACUUGGAAUCUGGCAACAAGAGGGUUCCUACUGAGGGAGACAGACCUAUCCCCACUGCAGACUAAUGGAAUCAGUUUUGUGUACCAGUCUUGUGUGAGUUCUGGACUGAAAAUGGCCAUCUGGGAGACAGGUGAGCGCUGGUUCAUUCAUCACUUGAUGAAGAGUCGCUACUCACCUGCUCUGGGCCAAGCUGGGUGCUGGGCACCAGGAAAGGAAGAGACCUGAGUCCCAGCACCUGAGGAGGGCGGGGUCUGGUGGAGGAGGCACCUCCUACCACAGAAGGAUUGGGGGACAGCAGGAAACUCUAGGCUGAGGAGGGGCCUCUGGGAGCCAGGACACAAUCAUGGUCCUGACCCUGAUGAACUGAGGACCAGCUCCUAGAACCAGUCACCUCAGGGAUUCUGCCCUGGGUUGGGGUUAGGUUUAGGGUUCGGGUUUGGGUCAGGGUUAGGGCUAGGUUAGGUCACUCUGCGGCAGGGAGAGUACCCACUUCUGGCAGGGAGUGGCAGUGCUGCGGUUCGGCCUCGUGGGACAGAGGCAGGUGGGCCUUGGUGGUCAGCCAGUCCUAGGCUCCUUCAGUGGCCUGUGGCUCUUCUCUGAAAACUCCCAGAGGCACCAGCAUCACCGUUGCACACCAUUUUAGCCUCCCCUCCCAUCCACGCCCAUGCACGGGCCCCUUGGGGUACAGAGCGUCAUUUUACAGGAUCGAGAAGCCACGGCUGAGACCUACUUGUCCAAGUCCACUCAGCAUGUCAGUAGCAGCGCACGGACCACAAGCCAGGUUUCUUUCCUUUUUAAACUAUAAUGAAAUGUAUUGGCAUGGCAUGGGUUAGUAACAGUGUGUAAGUUUCAGGUGCACAGUUCUGUCGUACAGUAUCUAUACAUUGCCCUGUGUGCCACAGUCUAGUCAUCUUCAUCACCAAAUAUUUGACCGCCUUCACCCUCUUAAUCCUCCUCCCAUCCCUCUUCCCCUCUGGUAACCACCAUACUGUUGUCUGUGAGUAUGAGUUUUUUUGUUUUUCUUUGUUUGUUUUCUAUCCUACCUGAGUGAAAUCACAUGGUUUUUGUCCUCUCCAUUCCAUUUAUUUUGCUUAGCAUGAUACUCUCAAGAUCUAACUUCUCAUAAAUAUGAAAGCCAGGUGUCCAGGCACACACAUUAGCACUUGCUGCAAACAAGGCGCUGUGCCGAGAGCUCUACGUCUCAUUCUCGCCACAAUGCUCUGAGGGAGAUGCUGUUUUUAUACGAAGCUUGGACAGCCAGGCAGCUUGUGGCAGGGCAUCUGACUGUGGGGCACAGAGCCAGGUGCCUGGGCACUUGGCCAGAGAAGUUGCUGUUUUAUGCUAUGUCUCAUGAGGUGUGGAAGCUUCUAGGGUUUAUGAUGCCUGAGCAGAGCCAUGAUGGAACCAGGUGGGGAGCAGGACAGGGCAGUCCUGGUUGAGCAGUGUGAAGCAGCCCCCCGUGGCUGGAAUGUGAGGGUGAGUCUCAGAUUCUGGGCUGCAGGGAGUGAACUUGGCUCAAGGCUGCAGGGAGCUGGCAGAGGAGUUCAGCAGGAAGAAGACACUGCAUUCCUCCUUCUGUGGAGGCGCAGCAAAAAAGGAUCUCUCCUCUGUACGUUAGGAAUAAGGAGGUCAUGGCCAGACUAUCUUGCAGGCUUCUGAAGAGGAAAAGGUGAGAGCUGGAAUGUGAAUGCCACUUGGAAACAACAAAGCUUGAAGCAGAAGAAAGGGGAGUGCCAAGUGCUGUGUUAAGCGAUUAAUAAAUAUCAAGAGCCAAUAUUUGGUGAGCAGUUAGUACAUGCCAAACACCAGUGCAAACUUUUGUGUGCCUUAUCCCCUGUAUCUCAUUUUCUCCACUCCUCACAACCUUUCCAGGAACCUGGUUUGUGUACUUCAUGUGCACCUCACAGAGGCAUGAAGCUGCUUGCUUAAGAUCACACAACUUUUAGAGGACUCAACCAGGAUCAAACCUCAAUAGGCCCCAAUCCAGAACCCACCAUACCCCUCCUUAAUAUCUUACCCUUCCUGGGCCAGGACUCCCUAGAAGAGGAAGCUGGGGCCCUGGCUAGGGGGU